ACGACGAAGCUUCCACGCGUUCCGUGAAUCUUCCCCCCUCUCUCUCUCUCUCGCUCGCAUGCGCGCACUCCCUCUCUCUCUCUCUCUCUCGCGCAAUCUUUCCCGUUCUCCCGCUUCCCCCCCUCUCUCGCCGCCGACGUGCACGCAGUUGUCGUCUCUCGCUUGUUUCAUCCUUCUUUCCUUCCUUUUCGUCGUCGAUCGGGCCGUUCGUUCGUACAUACGUCGGAUCUCGCGUCCACGGUUUCCUUUGUGUCCUCCCUCUCUCUCUCUCUCUCUCUUUCUCUUCGGGUCCGAGCGUACACAGUGUUGUGAAAAAUCCGGCAGCAGCGCGCACAGCUGCCAUUGCUGUAAUUAUCUGCUUUUUCGCUCGCAGCAGUCCUCUCGGAAGCGAUAUCUGGUCACCGCUGCCGUCUCCACGUCCAGCGACCGAGGCCACCCCAUCUUCUUCGUCGUCGUCGUCGUCGUGGAGACCUAGAGAUGCGGAUCAUGCUCGCGGAACGGCCGUAACGGAGGCAUCAUCCUCGGCAUCUCGCCAGAGACGCUCUCGCCGGCUCGCGCCGUACAAGGGUUAACCUUCAGGAGGCCCGAGGGUGCGCUCCCUCCCUCCCACCUGGCCAGCGCGGUGAGGCCGGAGAGUCCCGGCGCGACUUGACAGCACGAGACAGGCAUGAAGUGGCUCGGCGCGAGCAGCGGAGGCGCCGGGGGCGAACCGGCAUCCUCGAUGCAGCUGCAUCAUACCUCCGCCAACGGCCACAUCCCCACGGAUACGGAGCAGUGCGGACAAGUUAUGGCUGGUGGGGAUAAUAUGCGAAUUCAACCUGGUCAGACACAUCAGAUGGGAGUGAAUAGAACUCAAGAUGAUGCCAUGGUUGGUUAUGUAUUUCAACGACCUACGGAACCAGAAUUUAAUACCCAAUCUUCGACUUUCCAAGCGAAACAAGCUCCAAGAGCAUGGGCUUUAGCGGAUGACGUUAUUGUCGAUAAUCAAGAAAAGUGGAAAUAUUCUAUGACUAAGCUCGGUGUACCUCAACAGAGUCAAUCUCAACAACUUGGAUUGACUAUGAAUAACGUACACCUGAGUAAUGUACCAUAUGAAAUACAUCCUAUGCAAUUAAAAAGUGGAGCACCUGGUGCGGAGCAUUUGGUUUAUUUGAACAAUCAAAUGACUCAACAACAAGUUGCACUCUUUCAUCACCAACAGCAGCAACAGCAACAAUUCAGAAAUGGACAGAUCGCUCCCUCGGCAAAAAAGCUCUGGGGCGUGGACGAAGGAGGCUCCAAGGACGAAGGGGGUGUAAAAGGCGGUGGGACCUUGCUUCACCUGGGCGACCACCAGACGACCAUGUGGCGAGAUUCAACCUGGAGCACGUCAGAUCAUGCAGUGUCGCAGCCAAUUUCAAUGGGUACGGGUAGACGUGUGGGAGUUGGGACGGGAUAUCAUCAUCAAGCAUCAGAAGUCGGAACAGUGCUCAGUCCCAGAAGCAGCGAAACAGGUGGUUUGGGAGUUAAAAUGGUUGAAUAUGUUCUUGGAUCGAGUCCCACUACACCAAAAGAUUUGGAACCUCGAAUGGUUUCUUUGAGAUUGAAUACCGAUGUAGACAAGAAGGAAAAAGAGAAAGGUUCGGCAAGUCCCUUUGAUAGUACAAAGGAUGAUACUGGUCCACAAGGUAACGGAUUAGCAUCUCAAAACGGUCUGGAUGAAGAUAAAGGAUUCAACCGUACGCCUGGAAGCCGCCAACCAUCACCGGGUGAGGAAGAAUUUCAGAAGAACGCCGCCGCCACUUUGGCCGUGAGUGCUGGCAGUGGUGGCGUCGUGCUGCUGAAACCCGGGGUUGAUGUUGUCGGCAGCGAAGAACAUUUCAUGGCAGCGUUUGCACCAGCACCGCCACACCAUCUGCAACAUCACCAGGCCCCGCCGACUCAUCAUUUGCAACAUCCGCACUCGCACGCGGCAGCACAACUCUUCGGGGCGCAAGCUCCGCCACCGCCACAGGGUCCACCGCCCUCGCAACAACAACAACAGCAGGGUCCACCACAGCCGCAAGACACUACUACACAUUUCGAUGUCCAGCAACUGUUUCGCAGUCAACCACAAGGCGCGACACCGCAGCAGCUGCAACUACUUCAGCAACAGCAACAGCAGCAGCAGCAGUACCUGGCCGCAUCCCAGGCACAGCAGCAGCAACAACAGCAGCAGCAGCAGCAGCAGAAUUUCCCCACGGCCCCCUAUACCGUUAUCAGCGGUCAGGAACCUUACGUAGGAGCUUUGAUAGCCGGCGCACCGCCGCCAGUCGUCCCUCAGUACUAUGGAGUCGGACCCUGGGUCUAUCCAGCUGGACUGCUCCCGCAGGCGCCACCCCAAGCUGCCGCACCACCGCCACCCCGACGACCGCUCACUCCCUCUUCGGCAGCAGCCGCAGCCGCUGCCGCGCAGGACACCGCGAAUAAUUUGGCACAAACGGUUCAAGGUCAAUAUCAGGUGAUACCAGCUUAUUACGAUCAGAAUGGUUCCAUCGUCAUGGGAGGCGUUCGCGGUCUGAGCUCAGCAGCGACUCCCAUGAGAUUAGUUAGCCCCGCGCCAGUUCUCGUGAAUAGAGCCCCGUCUCAGCCUCCACCGGGUCCACCAGCACCGCCCCCGCCGAACCUAUAUUCCCAGCCGACUCCGACAUCUCACAGCAACGCUACGCCUGGCGAAUGUCUAGGUCUGGCAGCGUGCAGCGCAGCGGCAGUGGUCGCGCAAGCCCAGGCAGUCGCGGUGCAACAGGCGCAGCAGCAAGGCACGGGACUUGCCGCGGGUUUAGCGGCUCUAGGAUACGGCAAUUCCCCGCUCGGGGCACUGGGCUCACCUGCCCAGCUACAGAAUACAGGUUUAGGCCUCGGUGCGUCUUCGACCGGCAGACGAGAUUCCUUUGAUAGAAAUACUUCAGCCUUCAGUCCAAGCUUGGAAUAUAGCCGGGCGAAGUGGCCUCAGAGUUACGGCGCCCUCGGUACAGUCACCGCGUCACCGAGUCCUUUAGGGUUGUCAUUGACACCGCCACCGACUUUAGGCGGAUCCCUAGGUGGUCUUGUUGGGGGAGCCAGUCGAGUAUCAGCGGCUCCCGGUGCCGAAGCCAAGUUCCGCGCUAGCGCGGUCCCCGCUUUGACAGCCAACGGAGUGUUUGGUUCUAGUAGCUCUCUGUUCCCUAAUCUCGUGGGCAAACCCGGUCGUGGAGGUGCCGCUAAUAUCAGCGACAAGAAUGCCGGUGGACGAUCUCGACUACUGGAAGAUUUUCGAAAUAAUCGGUUUCCGAGUCUUCAGUUACGUGAUUUAGCUAAUCAUAUAGUUGAAUUCAGUCAAGAUCAGCAUGGUUCGCGAUUUAUUCAGCAGAAAUUGGAGCGAGCUUCAGCUAAUGAGAAACAACUCGUGUUUCAAGAAAUCCUCUCUUCUGCAUAUUCCCUCAUGACGGACGUCUUUGGAAAUUAUGUCAUUCAGAAAUUCUUUGAAUAUGGUACACCAGAACAGAAGUCAACUCUCGCUCAAAAGGUUCGCGGACACGUCUUACCUUUAGCGCUGCAAAUGUACGGCUGCAGAGUCAUACAAAAGGCCCUCGAGUCGAUCGCACCGGAACAACAGCAAGAGAUCGUGCGAGAACUUGAUGGGCAUGUGUUGAAAUGCGUGAAGGAUCAAAAUGGGAAUCACGUUGUUCAGAAGUGCAUUGAAUGCGUCGAGCCGCGAGCAUUGCAGUUCGUAAUAGGUGCUUUCGCCGGACAAGUGUAUUCCUUGAGCACUCAUCCUUAUGGCUGCCGAGUAAUCCAACGCAUUCUUGAACAUUGCACUGCCGAACAAACGCAAGGGAUUUUGCAGGAAUUACAUGCCGCGACGGACCAACUCAUUCAAGAUCAGUAUGGCAAUUAUGUCAUACAACAUGUGCUUGAGCACGGAAAACCAGAAGACAAAGCACAAUUAAUCGGCAGUGUCAGAGGCAAGGUACUCGCUCUAUCCCAGCAUAAAUUCGCGAGUAACGUAGUCGAGAAAUGCGUGACUCAUGCUACAAGGCAGGAACGCGCUGUACUGAUUGAAGAAGUUUGCGGUUUUAAUGACAAUGCAUUGAACGUAAUGAUGAAGGAUCAGUAUGCCAAUUACGUGGUGCAAAAAAUGAUUGACGUGGCGGAACCGGCGCAACGCAAGAUACUGAUGCACAAGAUCCGACCGCAUCUGGGGAGUCUACGCAAGUACACUUAUGGUAAACACAUUAUUGUGAAACUGGAGAAAUUCUUCAUGAAAACCGCCUCGGCGAUGGGAGUGGGAGCGACGCCGACUGGUACGUCAACGAGCAGCGGAGGCGGCGACCUCGGCCCGAUCGGACCGCCUGCGUCCGCCGCAUCCGGUCCGGUGUCAACGUCGAGCCAGCAGCCAGCGCAGGUAACAGGUUUAUAAACGUGCACGCGCGCAAGAUCACUUCUGUCGCCGAGAAGAAGAAGAAAAUCGACAUAAAAAGAGGCAAGCAAAACAAAACAAAACUUCCGCAUGUCGCAGAUGUGCGUUUACUACUGUCUUACUUUUACUUUAGUGAGAUUUGUUCUAUCUAUUAGAUGAGAAUGACAAGUUUUUCAGCGAUCGCUCGUUUUGUUUUCUUCUCGUUUUGCCCCGUGUCCUUGAAGACGAAGGAAGAAAGGAGGCGAAAGCCUCGAGGAUGAUUUCUCUUGAAAAAAUUGCUAAUACACGAUUUUUUUUUAUUUUUGCAAUCGCAGAAUCGAUGGUGUACAGUAAUUUUAGCUCUCCUCGGGACCUGGGCAAGGCGAGAUUUAGACGGUACGAGUCCAUUUUAAUGAAAACGAAAGGCAGUUUGUAGAAACGAAGAUAGAUACGUUGUAGCGCAUUUUUCUAUCGUUUUGCAAAACGUAUCCCUGAGCGAGCGAGUAUCACAUGCGUAGAAAAAUAUUCGCGUUAACAUCCUGAGUGAAAGCCGCACUAUAUAAUUUUCGAUUUGCGAGUAAUGUAUUAUGGCUCAUGGACCGCGGCCAGCACACGUUGAGCUAUAAACCGAGCUGAGUUGAGCUAAGCUAAGCAAUUGUUUUGUGUCGCAUACAUUUCAUAUAUUCGAAUGAGAGAAAAAAAUCGCUCGAUUAUUAGAUUAUCGUGCAGGAUUAUUUAGAUUUGUUAAGUCUUCUCGAUUCAGCGCUCGAGGGGAAAAAAUAGAUUACUAUCCCCAGCGAGAGUAAAACAGAUUGGAGCCAUUAUUAUGGAUAGAUAAAGCGUGGCUCGUUGAAAUUAUACGCUCGACGAAUACUAUAUGCUUCUACGAAGACGGCACGGUAAAAAAAAUCACGGGCAGUUUUAGAGAAAGUUUAGGUCUUAGUGCUGUAUGCAUUUAUAUCGACUUGUAGAAGGGUUGUAGCACACACAUACACACCACGUACUCGCACACGUCGCGCGUAUGUGUGACACGUUUCCGAUCCCGCGUAUAUCGCGCCGCUUUUCUCUCUUUUUACACAAAAGUGCUGCUUUAGUAUUAUUUUUUUAACGCGCGGUAUUCGCUUGAUCGAUGAGAAUCGGCAGACGAGAGACUAAGGUAAAAAACUUGAGAUGUAGAAGAUUAGAAGUUUAUAGAUAUGUUGUUUAAAUGUAGCAUAGCGUUUGACAUGGGAAUGAAAAUCGGGCACCGACCCCUGGACUUGACCUGGACCUGACCUGACCAUCGCGAUCUGUCCCCCUGAGACUAUUUGGAAUGUUAAUACACAAAAGAGCGACUAUUUCGUUGUUUAUUUUACUUUCCUUUCUCUCUCUUUUUUUUUCUUUUUUUUUCUUUUUUUCUUUUUACGUCGAGAUAAUCUUUAGAGAUUUUUGAGUAAGAUUAGAUUUUUCUUCUUUUUUUUGUGCUUUGAUUUUUCAAGUAUGAUUACGCAUACAGAGGGAAAAGAAAGCAAAAGCGAAGAAAGAAAUAUAAACGGAGCGCGAACGGAAACUUUUGUUCACGCUCCGUCCAUUCAUCUCCGUUUCAUUUUCGGGUUUGUAAAACUUCCGAUGCAAAGAAUAUUUCUUUCCCCACACUCCUCCCUCCCCCGCCCUCCUUUUCGCAUUUUCCUAUCCCCAUCCUUCGAGUCCCAUUGAGAGAUCCUCGAAUUUUGUAAAUUGUGAUAUAAAUAAAUAACAAAUGUGUAUAGAUACGAAUAUCCGAAAUACGCGAGGAAAAAACGAUAAAUUCAAUGAAUAUUUUAUUUCCCCCAACGGGAACAUUUUUCCCUCCCUUACUUUUGACGGUCUGUGAAUAUUAUGUAUUAUAUAAUAAUUACUAAUUAUAUUAAAUUUAAAUAUGAUUUACGUUCUAACGCUGCUGUCCUAACCGAUAAGUUACGCUCCUCCGUUUCCCUUUUUUCCUAACACAAUCGAUUUCACAUUUUUUUCUUUUUUGCCGAAGUAUCCAAUUGUAAGAUAUAAACAUUUUUUUCAUGAAAUCACGUCAGGAAAAAAAUCAUUUAUUUAUGCAUACAUAUUUGAUAUAUAUAUAAAAUAUACAUGUGACAAAAUAUACAUAUUUUAUGUGUAUAUAAAAUAUGUAUGUGUAUAAAUAUACAUAUAUAAAUAGAGACAUUGAUCCUUUCUCCCUGUCCUCCCUCGAAAUAAUUUGCAGCUACCGUUCUUGGAACGUGGAAGCCGAAGACCAUUGUAUAUUGUAUAAAUGAUAUAACGCGUUCUUGAGGAACAAAAAUAUCAGGAAAUCGCAUUGCACAGCGCAUGUGUAUCUAUAAUCCGUUCGCGUCAUUUUCCCCCUUUUAUCUCCUCGGAUAUACAUAUAUACACACGACACACGCAACAUUUUAAUUGUAUUAUAGAUCGACGAUUGGAAUAAAAGGAGCGUACACUCAGUUAUUUUCCAUAGGAUUGCAUGCGCGUUUUAUGAGAACGAAAAAAAAAAAAUGCGAACGCUAUUAACAUAAGGACCCUUUUUGGACAGAUUUUUAUACAUAACUUUUUCCCGAUCAUUUUUUCGCAUUUAAUGUACAUGAUAUAUAUUUUGUUGACAAUUUAAAUAUAUGUAGAAAUCGAAAGAAAAAAAAAACAUACAAGACUGGCCAGCAAGUAAACUUAAAAAGAAAAAAAAGAAAACGCUUGUCUAACGCAUUUAAUUCUGUAUAAAAGGAAAAAGGGAAGGAAAAAGAGCGAAAGAGAAAAGAGAGAAGAACGUGUAGCAAUUUUCUUUGUAAGAUAUUGUAAAUAACAAUUUAUUAGUGAAAUUGACAAAUUCCUAAGUACCUUUUUCUAUCUCUCUUUGUUGCCAAGCGAAGAUUGCUUCUGAGAUGGUCAUCGGGAAAAAUGAUGGUCGAACGAGCUAUUAUUUCGUCAUCGAUUGAUCGUCAAAAACAAUAUACAAUACUAUGCAAAUUCCGCUGUGGAAUAUAUUCUUGCUCUUUUUCGACGGUAGCGAUCCUUUUGAAAAUCGCUGAGGACAUGCGCUUGCUCGAUGUUAAUAUUUUCACACACACACACACACACACAUACGAUUGACACUCUAUAAAAGAGGCGAGACGAUUGAUAAAAACCUCUCUUGAAUAUAGACAGACAUUCCAACCUCAUCCUCAGUCGACAGGACACAAAACGUGUAUAAACCGUUAAAACGCAGCGAAUUAUUAUAAAUAAACGCGAGAGACAGUGUAAAACGUGUUUAUAAUGUUUAAGGGAAACGACGAGAAGAAAAAAAAAUAGUUCCUUCAUCCGUGUAAUAAUCGCGCGCGCGCGUCAUCUUGUAAAUUAAAGGUCGAGAAGAAAAAAAAACCGCGCCUGUCAUCUGUAAUAGUAAUCCAUCAAUCACCCGUCGAACCGCGCAUAAAGAAAAGCCAAGGUAAAUAAAAAAAAUUAAGCGAGGCAAACGUUUUAACAGAGAAAAAAAUAAAUAAAUAAAUAAAAACGACACACGAAGCGAAAGUCGAACGAAGCAAAAUCUCUCAUGUCUUAUCAGCUAAUGUAAGAUUUACUCGACUUACCUAUCAUAUACUUUUAUUACUAUUAUUAUUCUAUACAUAUAUAAAUAUAUAUAUAAAUAUAUAUUAUUAUGGUAUAUUGUAUUAUUAUUGCUAUUAUUAUAUACUAUAUAUAUACUACCGAACAUUGUUUUGAUUAAGGUGAUCCCUUCCACCCUUCUAUUUGAUUACUCAUCAUCCCUCACCCCCACCCCACCCCCGGCUAUUAUUAAUCACGCUAAGCAUAUGUAAAUAUAUGUAUAUGCAUAUGUUAUAUAUCCCUCUCCCUCCCUCCCCCGCAAGUAUAUACAUAUACAUACAUGUACACGUGCAUAUAUACAUAUACAUAUAUACAUAUAUACGCAUGUAAACUCGGCACACAUUAAACACAUUUAUAAAUAAUGGUAUAAUGCAUAUUCCCCUCCCCCCCCAAAUACAUCUCUCUCCAUUAAUCUUUUCCGAUUGUCACGUUUCUCCUAUCUCUCUCUCUCUCUCUUCCCCCUCCCCCCUCCCCCCCCGUUAAUAAAAUCUCUGUCAAGAUUUGGUAUAAACGUUUUAGAGAACGUAGAAAUCGCAUUUACCUAGAAGCUCUGUCGUCAUUAUAAUCUACUUAAGCCUCCUCUCCCUCUCUUGUACCAAAAGGAGAAAGAAAAAAAAGAAAAGAACUUCUUAUCGAUUUUUAAUUAUAUAAAUAGUGUAAAUUUUUUAUAUAGUGCGAAAAAAAAAAAUGCGAUACCGGCUGACGAGACCGCUGCUCUCUCCCGUAAAUGCGUUUAUUGUAUUGUAAAGAGGAAGAGGAAGAAGAGGAGGAAGAAAGAAACGGACCGGUGAAAUCACACGCGAGAUCUUUGUUCGCUUUAUUAUUGCAUCUUUCGUCGGCUGUAUAUAUAUAUUUUCCGAGGGCGGAUUCUUACAAGUCACGUUGAUUCCCGACUGGGCCCAGUUUCAAGAAAUUUUCCAUUAGUCUCGAGGAAAUUUUUUUCCUUUCUUUCGACGAACAUGCGUAAAUUUAAGGAAUCGUUGUUUGAGUACAAAGUCUUGAAUAUCGUGACUUGUAAGCCGCGCAAACUCGACGUAAUCUUUAUCGAUUGUGAAGGGGAAAUGAA